AUGGAGGCCGACUGCACUGCAGUCAUCAGCUACCAAGUACUAGCUGAGACUACUGCGCGCAAUGCUCGUCGUGGUCGUAUUCACCAUGGGUCACAGUAUGGCCGCGUAUUCAUCAAGGUGAUCGCAUGA